GGAGAUUCCAAAGCUCUACACUUUUUUCCUAUUUUCAAUCUAAUUUUCAUAAUUAAAAAUUUUCCUGUCCAUUUUCUUUCAUUUUCUCGCCCACCUUUUUGUUCUAUAAAUCAACCCAUCUGCAACCUCAAAAACCUCUCCCCCUGCUCUUCUCUUCUCCCCUUCCUCUGUAGAUCUUGGUUUUUCGAGUUCUGCUGCCCCUCUCUCUCUCUAGAUUUUUGUUAUAGAUCUGAGGCUCUGUUUCUCUCUGCUUUUUCAGUUCUGAUUUCUUUGGUUGAUUUUACUAUUUUGGUCUCUGAUUUUGAGAUUUUGAAAUCAAUAAAGUAAACCCAGUUGAUUAUUCUACAGAAAUCAACCAAAUAUAUAUAUAUAUAUAUAGUUUUUAUUGUUGAGAUCUGUGGUUAAUUCUUUCUCUGGAAAAGAAAGAACCCAUUUCUUUGUCUCUCUAAAUCUUGAUGCUUGUUCUUCAUCUCUUGUUAUUGAUGUUUGAGAUUCAUGUCUCCUGUUCUCAGUGAAAUCCUCCGUUCCGGGUUUAUGAUCAACUCCUCACUCAGACGCAGGACCCACCUUGUUCAAUCUUUCUCUGUUGUCUUCCUCUACUGGUUCUAUGUGUUUUCAUGAAUCAUCUCUCAACCCAUAUAUAUCUACAUAUAUAUAACUAUAUAUAAAGCUUUCUGAAUCAACUAGAUCAUUAAUUAGCAUCUGGGUCCUGUGUCUUUUUUAAUUUUUAAGACUAUUUGGAUUCAAAAUAUAUCAAGAGUAGUGUUUUUUGAGUUUUUGAAGUUAUUUGGUGUGUGUGUGUGUGUAUAUAUAUAUAUUACUAGUAUGGCUUCUUCUAGUGGAAACUCCUCAGGGUCUACUCAGAUUCAGAACUCUGGUUCGGACGAGGACUUGCAGCAUGUGAUGGAUCAAAGGAAGAGGAAGAGAAUGCAAUCGAAUCGCGAAUCGGCGAGGAGAUCAAGGAUGAGGAAACAGAAGCAUUUGGAUGAUCUGACGGCCCAAAUGGCUCAGCUGAAGAAGGAAAACAGCCAGAUCCUAACAAGCAUGAACAUCACCACACAGCAAUACGUGAGUGUUGAGUCUGAGAAUUCAGUGCUGAGAGCUCAGAUGAUGGAGCUGAGCCAGAGACUGGAGUCUCUCAACGAUAUCCUCGACUACAUGAACACAAACAAUGGUGUGUUUGAGGCUGAGGAUGUUCAGACAAUUGGCCCAGAUGGUUUCAUGAACAACAAUCAUCCAUGGAAUUUGAUGUAUCUUAACCAACCCAUCAUGGCCUCUGCUGAUAUGUUUCAGUAUUGAUUACUUUGAUCACAAUCAUUGUCAUCAUUAUCAAUAAGAUCUAGUCAAUAUUUUGUUGUAUUGUCCUUAUAGGGGUAGGUUGGUUGUUGGCCUCAAUGGGCGGUUGUUUAGUUGCACCUAUAAACUAGUUUGGUUGCACCUGAUGUAAAUCAAUAUGAAUCAAAGAAAAUAAAUAGGAGUAUGUGACUAUGUGGGCUCCUGGUUCUUGAUUUGUAAA